AAUCCAAAUCGUUGAGUGCGAUAGCCAAUUCAAGAAAAUCCCAAAAUCCCUUUUCUACAUUUUCUUCUACUUCUUCAAAUCCGAAAAUGGCAACCAAAUCUUCACCAGCAACCACUCUCUCCCUCUCUCUGGCCCGAUCAAAACCCACUUCUCCUUCUUCAACCACUUCUUUAUCUUUCUCUAGCUCAUUGUCCUUGAGCAGCAACCGGGCCGGGCUCAAGCUGGUUACCCGCCCCAGAUCCGCUCCUACAAAGCGUUUUUCUUGCAAUUGCAUGUUCGGGCUUGGGGUGCCGGAGCUUGCGGUCAUCGCCGGUGUCGCCACCCUCGUCUUCGGCCCUAAGCAGUUGCCAGAAGUCGGCCGUACUAUUGGCAAGACCUUCAAGAGCUUCCAACAGGCAGCAAAGGAAUUUGAACUAGAGAUGAAAAAGGACCCCGGUGCUCUAGCCGAGCCUGCUUUAGAGGAAGUAAAAGCUGUCAGUCAAGAAGAGAAACAUCAAGCUACAGUCUCCAGCACGAGGGAGGCUUCCUAAACUACUAUGAUGAUACAUUCAAUCAUCUACUACUGCUACUAGGUUUGUUAUUUGUACGUCGCAUUUGAUUUCUGAAUAUUGUUGAUUGUUAAGCUAAGUUAUAGUGUUUGAAUUUAUUGGAUGAGUUAGCAUUUGGUAUGACUGCGAAUAAGAUUUUUAUAUGGGAUUAGUUUGCCAUAAUUCUUUUCCUUACGACCUUACCCAUUCACAAGAAAAUCAACCUUGAUUGUGUACAAAUAUGGAAUUGUUAUAAAUGGUGAGAGAAGAUAAAGUUUGGGAGUAUUUUGAUCG